AUGAGACUACUGGACACAAGGACAUUCGAAUUCCGAGAGUUCUAUGAUAGUGUACCCAGAUACGCAAUCUUGUCUCACCGUUGGGUGCAAGAGGAAGUGUCUUAUAGGGACGUUGAGACUGGUCGACACCAGUCUCUUCGAGGAUGGAUAAAGAUACGAGCCUUCUGCGCGCUGGCUAGUUCGCGCCGACUCUCGUAUGCGUGGGUCGAUACGUGCUGCAUCGACAAAAGUAGCAGUGCCGAACAAAUGGAAGCAAUCAACAGCAUGUACAGAUGGUAUGAAAAUGCCGAAGAAUGCUAUGUUUACUUGAGCGACGUGCGGGCGCCAAGUUUGAACUCGCGCGAACACCAAACAGAGUUUGCGGAGAGUGCCUGGUUUACCCGUGGAUGGACGCUACAAGAACUGAUCGCUCCUUCAAAGGUAUUCUUCUAUAAUUACAGAUGGGACUAUCUCGGAUCUAGAGAUACAAUGUACGUAUUUCUAGGGAACAUUUCCGGAGUCGAUGUCCAAGUUCUCUCAAAAAAGAAACAGCCUCAUGAAUGCACCAUCUCGCAACGGAUGUCUUGGGCCGCUCGCAGGGUAACUAGUCGAUUGGAAGAUCGCGCCUACAGUCUCCUAGGAAUUUUCAACGUCAAUAUGCCCAUGCUUUAUGGUGAAGGCGAAAAAGCGUUCCGACGAUUGCAGCAAGAGGUUAUUAAUCAGUCUGAUGACCACACCAUUUUCGCUUGGGGGAGCAGUAGCUUUGCGAAGACGGUUCUUGCUCCUGCCCCAGAUUGUUUCAGAGGCCUGGAAAAUCUUAUGCGCAUUCAUCCAACAAACGACACCACUCUCGGCUUCAGCUUCGUGAACGCAGGCCUCUCGAUCCAACUUCAUCUUAUUCCGUGGGCGAUGAACACGUACCUGGCACCUCUACGUUGUGGAUACUUUAAACACCAAGGUAACUCAACAUCAGGAGUUUUCUUUCGAGGUUACAACAAGGCAUGCAUCUUCUUACAGCAAACCGAACAUGAUAACCAAUUCGUCCGGGUUUCCGUGGGCGGUCGAGAUCUGAAGGUGAUCGAUGGCGAUGAUCUAGCACAAAUGCGAGAGCAGUUUGAUAUCCAACUGCGACAUAUCCUUGUGAAGCAACCCAAUCUUUCAGACUUGGCCAAUCUUACCGAGUCUUCGUUUUAUGGGUUUAAAUUUAAUUUCAAGCACCCAAAAAUGUUUGAUUCAGGGAGCAAGCCCACGCCGGUCGAUAUGCUUUGCGGCCACGUAUGGCAGCCUAACGACCCGGUCUUCGAGAUUAAAAAUGGAAGACGGCACACUGCCGGCAUUCUACGCCUAAGUGGUUAUCCUGGCCUUUAUUUGUACCUGGGCUUUGAUCUUGACUUCGGCCCGCUAUGCUUGAUCACGAGCCAAACGCCGCAUUCUAGUGAGCGACAGCGUUUCAGUAUUCUCCCGGACUUCACUUUGAUUUCAAAGACCCAAGCGGACCAACUUCUCGACCUCAAUUGGCUUCGUUUCCAGGUUCUCCAGAAGACCCAAGCACAUGAUACCAUUCUCGCCUUCAAAGGAGAGCGAAACGGCCGAACGCAGAUCGAGUGCCAAAGCCUCUCGCUUAGGCUUACUUUUGGCAAGAAGUAUUCUCGAACGGUCGGCAAGCAAGCAUGGUGUGUCACGUUUGAGUACAUCCGUCCCACAAGCCCGGACAAACAGCCGAGCAGGGAUGUCACAAUUACUCCGCGGGACAGACCCACGUCUUACAUAGUAGCUGCACCAGUACUAAACAGAGCACGCUCUGUACGACACUAUAACGGUUGA